UGCCGUUGGUGUCCUACCAGCAUCUGUUCCUCUCUUUUUUUUUUGGUAUUAAAAAUAGACCGGUGCUGAUAACAGACUUAUGUUUCGGCUACAUCACUUCCCUUCGGGAAUAAUUUGUGCGCCACUUUCAUUUUAAUCACCGAACCGUGAGCGUGAGAGCGCAAAUGCGCAUCGGUCUGCGCAUCUUUGAAUCUUCACAACUACACUGUGGACAAUCUCCCUGACAUCCAAAGACCUCUCCUCCGCAAUCCGACGAGGCUUCUUCACCGCCUAUGGCUGCACAUCGGCAUCCCUGAGCCGCUGGCCUCGUCCCCGGACCCUUCACCCGUCGCUGUCCUUUUAAGGUCUUUGAAUCUGGGAGACAUUUUUUUUUUUUUUCAAAUAAUCCUCGGCUGCUUAUUUUUAAAGCACCCGGUGCUAUGCUGGGCCCAUCUCUCUAGAUCCUGUGAUCAAUACACGAGCUCUCCUCCCACAUUCGUCCGACCGAGACCCUGGUACUCUCACCGAGAGACCCAACAAUGCAUCCUAACGCAGUGAUGCUGCUGGCGGUGGCCCUUUUAGGGAACUUGAUGCUGCCUUUCAUCUCGGCUCAAAACGCUGGGUUUGUGAAGUCGCCCAUGUCUGAGACUAAGCUUACGGGGGACACCUUUGAGCUGUACUGCGACGUGGUUGGUAACCCCACUCCAGAGAUCCAGUGGUGGUAUGCUGAGAUCAACCGGGCCGACUCCUUCAAGCAGCUGUGGGACGGAGCCCGCAAGCGUCGGGUAUCUAUCAACACGGCCUACGGCACCAAUGGGGUCAGUGUGCUCGGCAUCACGCGCCUCACACUGGAGGACUCUGGGACCUAUGAGUGCCGGGCCAGCAACGACCCCAGGCGCAAUGACCUCCGACAAAACCCAGCCAUCACCUGGAUCCGUGCCCAGGCCACCAUUUCGGUGCUACAGAAACCAAAGAUCAGUGCCUCUGAUCAGACCAUCCUGUCAGCGGACUCCUCUAGCAAACCAGUUACCCUGCAGUGUAACCUCACCACUGCCCACACUCCUUACCAGGAAAGCUUCUGGAUGAAGAAUGGAAAGGAGAUCAGCAAUACAAGGACAGAGCAGAGGAACACAGUAUACAGAAUCACUAAACCAAGGGCAGAUGAUUCUGGGGAAUACAUGUGUGUUUACACAUUUGACAUGGCACCAAAUGCAAACGCAACAAUUGAAGUAAAAGCAAAACCUGAUAUCACUGGCCACAAGAGAAGUGAAAAUAAGAACGAGGGGGAAAAUGCAAUGAUGUACUGUAAGUCUGUUGGUUACCCACAUCCCACCUGGACAUGGCGUAAAGUGGACGGAACAUCCUACACGGACAUUGACAACUCUACCGGACGCUUCUUCAUCACUAACAGAGACAACUACACAGAGCUGAACAUAUUAAACCUGGAUAUAACUACAGAUCCUGGAAUAUAUGAAUGCAAUGCCACUAACGUGAUUGGAAACACUGCUGAGACCACUAUACUACGGGUGCGCAGCCAUCUUGCGCCACUUUGGCCUUUCCUGGGUGUACUUGCAGAGAUUAUAAUCCUAGUAGUCAUCAUCGUUGUGUACGAGAAACGCAAGAGGCCAGACGACAUUAUUGAUGAUGAUGAACCAGUUGGACCAAUGAAAACAAAUUCAACGAACAACCACAAGGACAAAAACAUUCGCCAGAGGAAUACAAAAUAAGCAAUUUACUCAAGUGAGAUGGCUAAACUGCAUUUUUUGACAACAUGAAGGUGUCAGCGGUGGAUAGAGAUCCGGGCAGUUUUCAAAAAAGCAUAUCUUGUCUCAUUUUAUGAGAAACAAUAUCAGCAUAACACUGGCAACAAAAAGAACAUAAUGGCUGUCUUAAGCAUGCCUUAUUCAGUCUUACAUGGAGUUUGCAGGAUGACGAAUAAUGACGAAAACCACCACAAAGGUGUACACAUUUUUAAUGUGCUGUUGAUGUCUCCUUUAUUAAUUUUAUCAUGUCCUCAAAUGAGGUGAUCCCUUUUGUAUUACAUAUCAUGUACAAUGCAUGCAAGAUAAUUACGCAAUAGGAUACUCAGAAUAGACAUUUUCUGUUGUUAUCCCUCGUGUGGCUUUUUUGCAUCGAAAAUGACCUAUGUUUUUUAUGGAGUCAUCCUUAACAUACAUAUAUAUAUAUAUAUAUAAAUAUAUAUAUAUACACACACAUAUAUAUAUAUAUAUAUAUAUACACAUAUAGUUUGCUUUAUUCUUAAAGAUUUGUACAGCAUAUCAUUGUCAUUUAACUGUUUGAGUUUGUGACAAGAAGUCCUAUUUUAACAGAUCUUUUAUUGUGAAGCAAGGGCUUCAAUGACUGGCAGUAUUUAACUUUAAUUGAGAGUGAUUACAGAAAAUGACUACUGUGUGUUUAACUAUCUAAACUAAAAUGAUAAUGUGUAUUAUUUUUACUUUAUUUCCAGAGUAACUUAGGUGUCUUGUAUAUGUUGAAGUAUGAGUGUUCAAAUGAUAGGAAAUCUGUAAAAAAAUAUUUUUUUUAUAUUUCCCAAUUUCAUGAAUUGAUUUUUAUUUUUUAUUUUUUUCUCUUUAACUGUAUAGCAUGGCUAUAAUCCUAUGCAAUAUGUAUUCUUAAAUAGAUAUAUGGAGGGCAGUUUGUUUUACUCAGUGAAGCUUUAAUAUUGUGGGAUCACUUGGAAGCUGGCAUAGCAAAAUUCACUGCUGUAGCUGCAUGACUCCUCUUUCAAUACAAUGUAUCCAUGUGUGUUGCGGUGGGAAUGGACCUGCAUUAAGGUGGGAACAGAGGGACCAGAGUAUAUAGCCACGAUCAAACAUGAGUGAGACCAAUACUUUUUUUCUGAAUAAAACGUUAAAAAAUGAA